CAGGAUUUAUAUCCAGGUCCAUCGGCGUCAUAGGAAAAGGUGCCAGGAUCUAUUGCAACGUCUCAGAGCCAGCGCCUGCAGGUCAAGUCAUCCUCACGCUCUGGUUUAAGAACAACAGUAAGAAGCCGAUGUACAGCUACGACGCCAGUCACGGACGCCCAGAGAAUGGUCAGACAGCAACUUCUUCGGAGAUCGCGCCACGUACGAAGCCUCGGAAGACCCGCCUUACUUGAGCGUCACGGACAUCAAGGUUACGGACGAAGGGAUGUACGAGUGUCGCGUCGAUUUUCGCAGACUGCCGUCGCGCAGGCAUACCACGAGGAUGAAUGUCAUUGUCCCCCCGGCUGCUCCCAAGGUCUUGAGGAACGACAGCACCUACGCAUCGAAUGGCAUCGCCGGACCUUACAACGAAGGCUCCAACGUCACUAUCACGUGCCAAGUGAAAGGAGGAAAGCCACCCCCACAAGUGAAAUGGUGGAGAGAGGGAGAACUCCAGGACGCAGAGUUGGAGAAGAGCAUUGGAGGAGAAUACCGCAACACUCUCAAGAUUGGUCCUUUGACACGCGAGCACCUUAACGCCCAGUAUGUGUGUCAAGUGAGGAACCACGAGCUCGUACCUGCGCUCAGUACCAGCGUCACUCUGCUUGUCAACGUGCCUCCCUUGGAAGUGAAGAUCCUGACCCCCCCCGCCCACGUCGUGGCGGAGAAAGCCCACAAGGUGCAGUGCAGGAGCAGCGGAGGCCGCCCGCACGCCAACAUCACCUGGUGGCUUGACGGGCAGCCGCUCAAGACCUUCAGGAUUGUCAACAAAACCGACGGGACGCUGAGCAUCCUCACCUUCACGCCCACCAAGGAGGACCAAAACAAAGCGUUGCAGUGCAAGGCCGAGUCUCCCGUCUUGCAACACACGCCCCUGGAGGCCGCGAUGAAGCUCGACGUGCAUUCUGCACCCAAGGUGAUAAGUAUCGACAUAGAGACCCCUGACCCCGAUUACAUCAAGGAAGGCGAUAACGUGACCCUUUGGUGUCGAGUGAAGGCGUAUCCCAAGGUUCAGGAAAUCGCAUGGUAUCACAAGGGAAUCCAGGUGCAGCACAAUCUGGACGAGGGGGUAAAAGUGGGCAAGCAGAAGCUGAUGAUGAUCGGCAUAGAGAAGCAGCAGGCGGGCAUGUACUCCUGCCGGGGCACCAACGCCGUCGGGGAUGGUCAUAGUGAGCCGUACAUUCUUGACGUGAAGUACGCCCCCGUGUGCUCCUUCAACACCUCGGAAAAGGUGGGCAUCGCCAAGAACGACCAGGUGAUGGUGCAGUGCCGCGUCGACGCUUCCCCUGGCAUCGUCACCUUCAAGUGGCACCUCAGGACCAAAACCGAGCUCAUCAACAUCCCCACCGAGUGGUACACCGUUCAGGACCGCACCUCGAGUCUCAUCUACAACGUCACGGGCAUCUACACCUACGGGGACAUCCUGUGCUACGCCUCGAACGAGCUGGGGGAGCAAGCCAGGCCGUGCAGCUACACCCUGGUGCCCGCGGGCAAGCCGGAGCCGCCGAGGAACUGCACGGCGAGCAACCACACCGCCGACGCCUUCUACGUGGCCUGCCUCCCUGGCUACGACGGCGGGCUGGAGCAGGAGUUCGUGGUCCUGGCCUUCGACGACAAGAACGAGCGCCUCAUUCGCAACGAGACCGUGAGGGGGGCCCCGGUGUUCACCCUCGAGGACCUGCCGCCGGAGUCCGACUACCUGGUCAAGGUCUACGCGCAGAACGUCAAGGGAAAGAGCGUGGAGCAGGUGCUGCACGGGUUCACUCUGCCCUCCGCUCAGCCAGGCACAGCUGUUCCGGCCACCCACAUCUUCCCCAUCACGCCCAUCUUAGGCGUGCUGAUAGGCGUGGUGGCCGCCCUCGUGCUGGUGGCCGUGGUGGUGGUGGUGGUGAUGAAGCUGCGAGGUGACGCGAGGACCGUCAAGGGCAGGCGCGAAGGGGGCGUGAAGGGGCCUCACUCCCCCCUCCACCCAGCCAAGGACGGAGAUGACUGUCCCGACGUCAUCUUGUGUCGCACGGACUCCACCUACGAGGACGUGGACGGGAUCCCGCAGAAGCUGAAGCACGCCAACAUCUACGAGACGGUCCCUUAUGACACCAAGGACAAGAACAGCAAGAACAGUGAGGUCUUCCUCUAUUUCCGUACGACAAGAGUGUAGAACCGGGAAGACAGUACUCAGUUGACGAGCCUCCUCUGCUGCAACUGAUCACCAGAUGUACCGCAGACGUAGGAACUGCCGUGCAAAUCGCCAUAAAAAGGACAGAAGAGGAAGGCACUGAAGUGGAAGAGUGGGUUCAUCUUAUCACACUUCAAGGCCUCUUUGGAAAAGGCGUCGGUUCUGGUGUUUUACUUGGUACUACUGGUUUGUUUACGAACGUGGGUCGUCCUGCUGUUACAGGAACUCAGGCUAAUUGGUACUUCUGAAUUAUUAUCAACAGAUCGCCUUGUUGUUAGUGUCCUGGUCUUCCAAUAUGCCUUUAAGUGUUCUAAGGCUUUGUUUUCUUGAAGGUUUCUGCCUUUCUUGGUGGACCUCCUUCUCCUCCCUAAGUCACCCUCUCAACUCUGUGAGCAGCAGUAGUCUUCAUCCUGGACACACAGACUUCGUAAACAAAGAACUGGUCAUUCUCCACGUACUUCUAGCGAUGCCUUGACCCCACACUACAAAGAACCUGCAUUCCAUUAAUACAGAUUUUCUUUUCGCUAUCAUUAUUUGCCUUGGGGUCUUAUUGGGGACGGAUAUACUAGUAUGUUGUUGCCAGUAACGUCUAUCUUUGUAUUUGUUACGCGCUGGUUCAUUUUUUUCUUCUCCUUCACACCAUCUUCCCAUCGUAAUCGUACCCACCUUCGGAACCUUUUCAUGUGCCCAUCAAUCCAAAAUCAUCUUGAGGGGUUGUGUCUUACCUUACCUUCACCCGCAAGGCCGUACCAUCUCGGGUAAUCUAUUCUCGUCUUUUCAGUCACACUCUCUUCCCUGUAUUUUUCUUCUUCUCUUUCUCUCUAAGAUUCCCCCACACCGCAACUUACUGAUCUCCUUUCUCAAUAGCUUCGUAUCUUUGCUUCACGGUGGUCAGGUUUCUGCACUUUAAAGCAGUAAGGAGGGAAGCUUCAUACGUACUGACGAACAAAAUGAUAGUAGAAACCAGACUAGGUUCUUGAUUCUUUAGUUAAACUGCUCAGUGAUUUCUUUUACUUUAUUUAGACACACCAGAUAGCGAAUUAAGAAAUCUGUCACGUUCCUUUUCCUAAAUGAAAUAUUACCAUUGCAACAACGUCUCCAAUUCUUAGUCGUAAGGAGUUCAAAGGAAUUUUGAUUCUAACAAGAAGAUCAAGCCUGUCAGGUAGACUUUUCUCCCUCACUAAGACCAGAUCUCACUUGUUGCGUGUCCUUUAUUGCGCCGUUUCAUGCUGUAAAACUUUUAGAGGAUACAUUUACUUGCUACUGGGGUUGUACAGACAACUUUUUGUAUAGAAAGGGGCUUAGGUACAGGCUUUUAAGCACGCGGAGAAAUAACUUGAUGUAGGUCCCUUGAUACAGAACGUUGAAUAUUGUUCAUAACUUACUCUUCAUUCCUAUUCUUUCCCUCUUUAAGUAAUUUCUACAGUAGUGGAAAAGACGAGUAAACCGUUUCUCAAUGACGACGACGCAGAUUUAAAUCUAUUGGGAUUUGAAAGAAAGAUGAGCCAUUCAACAUUUAUGUGUGCAGAGUCGAACGCGCUGGAGGAUAGUAUUCAUCGUAGAAUCGAAAAAAUCAUUAUAGUUUAAAUUUCUCGAAUUCAUUGUCUAUAUAAAAAAAAAAAAUCUUAUUUAUCUCUACUUUCUUUAUUUUUUUAUAUUUAUUUAUCCUUUUAUGUUUUAGGUUUUUUUUAGUUUUUAGUAUUCUUUUUUUUUUUUUUUUUUUUUUUUUUUUUUUUGGCUUGAUUUUUAGUUUCACUUAUAUUUAAGUCAUUCCCUGCUUACUGCCAAUCUGAUUCACACAGAACCAAACCAAAGUAAUGAUCCCAACGACUAUUCUUUAGCCUUGUUAAUCACACAUCUUAGUUAUCUUAAACAAGAUAGAUAAUCAUUUAUCUAUCAGUUCCUCAAUAUGUACAAAUGAGAUUAUGAACUUGGGUAUUACCAGGGAAGUAUCCAGUAAUUGCAUGGGGCAUUAGACUAAUGAAAGCUAUAGCGCGUUAACACUUGCUCAAUGGUUUUGAAUGUAUUAAAAGAACAAAUUGCGUACAUAAUUACAGAAGCAAUAUUACAGCAAUUAACAAUCGGAAAACAAAGGCAGAUUACGAAUUAUUACUUUUAUACUUAUAUUUUCAAUGUUCUUUUUCCUCUUUUCGUCACUGAAGUAUUUUGUUCGUUGGUUUUGCGAGGAACAUUUUCUGAUUCCUUGCAAAUUAUUUCGAAAAUGAAUUGAAUUCCCUGUGGGCGUGACUGGGCAAGGCUGCGUCACCAUUUUGGCGGUGAUGGUGAUGAUGGUGAUGAUGAUGAUGAUGAUGGCGAUGGUGAUGAUGAUGAUGAUGAUGAUGAUGAUGAUGAUGA